UCUUUGGGCGCUUCUGAGAGUUUGGGUGUCUGGACGUUUGUCAUGGCAAACACCAACAGCCCAGAUAUACCACCACCGUGGCCUGUCAAAGACAUUGUAUACAUUUCUAUCGUCAGUCCUGUUAUGCUAGCAGCAUUCGUCGAGUGGAUCCUCUUUCUUGCCGCAUUCAUCUACUGCCUUGUCAAGGUCUACCAGAAGGCGGAUCAUUGGAGCAUUAGAGCCCUUGCCGUAUUAAUUAUCAUCUUCUUCUCGCUACUCCGAGGAAUCUUCCUUCCAGUCAUGAUUACCACGCUUCCACUCCCUGCACACGUGAGACAGCAUUUUCCUAGGGAACUAGUUUACCUCCUCCAGUGGUUCGCAUUUUGGGCCUUUGCUGCGCUUCUCACCGUACCGUGGCUGUUCUGCAUCUACAGGUUGGUUACAAACUCAGUAGGAAGAACGCAGAGGAUAAAAGAAGUUCUCGACGAUCAUAGGGCGCCAAAGAUUGUCAUUAUUAUUCCGGUAUACAAGGAAGACCCUGAGGUGUUAAUCAAGGCAGUCGAUUCCAUCGUUGAAAGCGAGUACCCAGCGCAAUGUGUUCAUGUUUUUCUUUCAUACGAUGGGGGCCUCAUUGACGAACACUAUCUCCGUGUCAUCAGCCACCUUGGGAUUCCAAUUUCUCUCGAAAGCUAUCCGCAAAGCAUGGACGUGACAUAUAGAAGGACCAGAAUCACCGUUUCCCGCUUUAAGCACGGGGGCAAGCGGCAUUGUCAGAAACAAACCUUCAAACUCAUCGACAAGGUGUACGCCGAAUACCUUAGGCGGCAUGAUAACCUCUUCAUCCUGUUCGUGGACUCCGACUGCAUGCUUGACAGGUUUUGCCUCCAGAAUUUCAUGUAUGACAUGGAAUUGAAACCUGGAAGCAAGCACAAUAUGUUAGCCAUGGCAGGCAUCAUAACAUCCACGACGGAGAGGAACUCUCUUAUCACAGUUCUACAGGAUAUGGAGUACAUCCAUGGACAGCUUUUCGAGCGUUCUGUCGAAUCCGGCUGCGGCGCCGUGACCUGCCUUCCGGGAGCGCUGACAAUCCUGCGCUUCUCUGCAUUUCGCAAAAUGGCCAAAUACUACUUCGCUGAUAAGGCUGAGCAGUGCGAGGAUCUCUUUGACUACGGCAAGUGUUAUCUGGGCGAAGAUCGCUGGUUGACGCAUCUUUUCAUGAUAGGUGCAAGGGAACGAUAUCAGAUUCAGAUGUGUACGAGUGCGUUCUGCAAAACGGAGGCAGUUCAAACAUUCAGUAGUCUCCUAAAGCAGCGCAGGCGUUGGUUUCUCGGCUAUAUUACCAAUGAGGUUUGUAUGCUGACCGACGCAAGGCUUUGGAGACGAUAUCCUUUACUUUGUCUGGUCCGCUUUUUGCAAAAUACUAUACGUACCACGGCACUCCUGUUUUUUAUUCUAGUAAUCUCGAUCAUCACCACUUCAAGUCGAGUGGAUGACCUCCCAGUGGGCUUUAUCGUGAUAUCGCUGGGACUUAACUACACGCUUAUGGUUUAUUUUGGUGCGAAGCUCAGGAGAUUCAAGGCAUGGCUUUACCCGUUGAUGUUUUUCUUGAACCCUUUCUUCAACUGGCUUUAUAUGGUUUAUGGCAUCUUCACGGCAGGCCAGCGCACCUGGGGAGGUCCCAGGGCCGAUGCGGCUAUGGCAGAUGAGCGCACUACACCUCGCCAAGCUGCAGCACAGGCUGAGGCCCAGGGGGACGAGUUGAACGUUGAUAUAGAUACUUUUAGGCCAAGGAUUGAAGAGAAAGUUCCGGUUCAACCACCUAAGGAUGUCUCGAGUCGGUUUUCUUCGGAGUAUUCGCAUCCUGGCGCCUAG